GCCGGGGGCGGAUUCGGGUCUCCGCGCGCCCUGGCGAGCUCCGCCCCUGCCGCCCGCCAGGGAGCCGGCCCGCUCCGCAACCCCUCUCUCCAGGCUCCUGGUUAGGAAUUUGGGGGCGGGCCCUGGCCUGGCACGGCCGCGCACUCUCAGCAGAGCUCACUUUGCUCUCCUCGCGCCCACGUUCUGCAGCCCAAGGAGGCCGGACCGAGGGACGUGGGCACUCUUCCUCCGCUCAGCUCGAGAGACACGAUGCAGUGGGCCUCCCUCCUGCUGCUCGCGGGGCUCUGCUCCCUGUCCCGGGCCCAGUAUGACGAAGACCCGCACUGGUGGUUCCACUACCUCCGCAGCCAGCAGUCCACCUACUACGACCCAUAUGACCCUUACCCGAACGAGCCCUACGAGCCAUACCCCUACGGGGUGGAAGAGGGCCCGGCCUAUGCCUACGGCUCCCCGUCCCCGCCGGAGCCCCGCGACUGCCCCCAGGAGUGCGACUGCCCCCCCAACUUCCCCACCGCCAUGUACUGUGACAACCGCAACCUCAAGUACCUGCCCUUCGUGCCGUCCCGCAUGAAGUACGUCUACUUCCAGAACAACCAGAUCACCGCCAUCCAGGAGGGCGUCUUCGACAACGCCACCGGGCUGCUCUGGGUCGCCCUGCACGGCAACCAGAUCACCAGCGACAAGGUGGGCCGCAGGGUCUUCUCCAAGCUCAGGCACCUGGAGAGGCUGUACCUGGACCACAACAACCUGACCCGGAUGCCGGGCCCGCUGCCCCGCUCGCUGCGGGAGCUCCACCUGGACCACAACCAGAUCUCGCGCGUGCCCAACAACGCCCUGGAGGGGCUGGAGAACCUCACGGCCCUGUACCUGCAGCACAACGAGAUCCAGGAGGUGGGCAGCUCCAUGAGGGGCCUCCGCUCGCUCAUCCUGCUGGACCUGAGCUACAACCACCUGCGCCGGGUGCCCGACGGGCUGCCCUCGGCCCUCGAACAGCUCUACCUGGAGCACAACAACGUCUACACCGUCCCCGACAGCUACUUCCGGGGGUCGCCCAAGCUGCUAUACGUGCGGCUGUCCCACAACAGCCUCACCAACAGCGGCCUGGCCUCCAACACCUUCAACUCCAGCAGCCUGUUGGAGCUCGACCUCUCCUACAACCAGCUACAAAAGAUCCCCCCAGUCAGCACCAACCUGGAGAACCUCUACCUGCAAGGCAACAGGAUCAAUGAGUUCUCCAUCAGCAGCUUCUGCUCCGUGGUGGACGUCAUGAACUUCUCCAAGCUGCAGGUGCUGCGCCUGGACGGCAACCAGCUGAAGCGCAGUGCCAUGCCGGCCGACGCACCCCUCUGCCUGCGCCUGGCCAGCCUCAUCGAGAUCUGAGCAGCCCCGGCCCCGCCCCACCGCAUCCGGCUUGAUGGCCCGAUGGGAGAGGCAGACUCAGCCAGCCCUGGGCUUGCCUGCUGGCCGCAGGGCGGUCUGCGUGAACGGACCAGCUCUGAGGCAGCAGCUCCAGCUGGAGAUGCUCACGGGGUCCGGGAAGGCGCAGACCCGCCCGUGCUGGCCGGGACCCUCUGAGCUACGCCUUCGGCAUUGAAGACGCCUGCUGCAUUACAGCUUGGCGGGGGGCAGUGACUUCUUCCCGCUUCUGAAACGUCCCGCUGCCCGGGGCCUAACCCCCCUGCUGCUGGGGGCACCACUGGGUUGUGGCCAGCCAGGGAGCUGGGGCCAAGCACUGGCUGGCCAAGGCCCUGCCCAGACGCCAUCCACCCUGACACUAUGCAUGCUUCCGGCACCAGGGAGAGGGGGAGGAAUCCUCGGACUGUGCUCUCGGCCCCAGACCCGAAAUCCACAAAAGCCAAACCAGCUCGUUCCAGCGGAGGCGCCCUGGCUGGAGGGCCAUGGCCGCCCCCUGCCCAGGGCCCUCAGAGAGCCCUCUGCCUGUAUAAACGAUUCCUGGCUACAGGGGAAGCUCGUGUGGUGGCCAGCCUGACAAUAAAGUUACCUUACUGCUGCA